UUGGGAGAUAAGGAGAGUUACGAGAGGGGCGUUCAAAUGCUGAAAAACGCUCUUACGCAGGUGAUUCAUGGUGAGGAAAUGAAUACGAUUCGGGAUUUCUUGAAAAAGUUGCAAGAUCAUGGUGAUAAAUUUGAAUAG